AUGGCGCAGUUGCGAGGACCCGGCAGCUAUGGCAUUGGCGCCGCUCCCUUUGGUGCGCCAGCCGACGACAGGAAUGAACAGAGCGCGCUGGACACCAUCCGCCAGCACACCAGCAAGAUCGAGGACCUGCUUGACACCGUCAGCGGGCCCAUCAAGCCCUUCCUCCCUGCCAUCGGACGCUUCCUCAUCGUCUCUACCUUCCUCGAGGACUCUAUUAGAAUAAUAACACAAUGGAGCGAUCAGCUGAUCUAUUUGCAUAACUAUCGUCAUAUCCCUAAUGGCAUCACCCAUCUCUUCUUGAUCGGCAAUGUCAUUGCCAUGACCAUCUGCUCCGUCCUCGUCAUCCUCCGCAAGCACUCUGAGAAAGCUGUUGGUGGUCUGAUUGGCGUCGUAAUCGCCCAGGCUCUCGGCUACGGCCUCAUUUUUGACCUCAACUUCUUCCUGCGCAACCUGUCUGUCAUGGGUGGUCUCCUCAUGGUUCUGUCUGACUCAUGGGUGCGCAAGACCAAGGUCUUCGCGGGUCUUCCCCAGCUUGAGGAAAAGGACCGCAAGAUGUACUUCCAGCUGGCCGGCCGUGUCCUGCUGAUUUUCCUCUUCAUCGGCUUCGUAUUCAGCGGCGAGUGGUCCGUUUGGCGCAUUCUGGUCUCGCUGGUCGGUUUCGUGGCUUGCGUCAUGGUUGUUGUCGGCUUCAAGGCCAAGUUCAGCGCCACCCUGCUGGUUGUCAUUCUUAGCGUCUUCAAUGUUCUUGUCAACAACUUCUGGACUCUCCACGAGCAUCACCCCCACAAGGACUUUGCCAAGUACGACUUCUUCCAGAUUCUCUCGAUUGUCGGUGGUCUUCUGCUGCUGGUUAACAGCGGCCCGGGCCAGCUCAGCGUCGACGAGAAGAAGAAGGUCUACUAA